UUUGAACAUCUCCUCGACCAAACGACCACAACUAACUAACAUAUAUUUCAACGGGCAGCAUACUAUGCGAAAAUGACAGAACAAAAGCAGAGCGAACCGAAUGGAAUUGUAUCUCCUAAUUCAAAUCAUGUCAACGGAAACCAGCAUGCGAUGAUAUCUGCUAAGACGGUGGCGCCAGCGGCUGGGCCACCGCCCUUGCCGCAGGAACUGUCGGAUAUGGUCCCUCUUCGAGAGAUCAUUGCUCGUCUCGUUCAAAAGUCGUAUGAAGACUUGCAGAAUCUUAUUGAAGUCCUGCCCAGCAAGUCUGACGUAGAGCGGAAACAUGCUAUACGAGACUACGGCAGCCACACGCGCAAGCAGGUCGUCAAAGCGCUCGUUCUCACCCGGUGGGCAAGAGAUUCUGCCGUAGUACAACGAUGUCAGGAUGUCCGAUUUUUUCUGCAGGUACAGAAUGGCCAGUUUAGAGAGGCGUCGCAGAGGUUAUACGCCAUCAAGGAGGGAUUCAUGGGUGCGAGAUCGAGGCAGUGGGAUCUGUUGACUGCAAUAGACGUCCUUUCCACCGGAAAGUAUUUACGCCUCCCAAAAGCUAUCAAAGAAUGGUUUCUGCCUCCAACUCCGCCUUCUCCAGCAUCCGCACUCCAAACUCUGCAGCAAAUGGAUCACGUCCUCCGCCUCCGCCUGCGUGCACGCGAAAUAAUACCCAUAGAGAUGUCACGCUAUUCCGUCUCCUCAGGCAGAGUAACAUUCACGGCUCCGAACCUAUUUCGCGCGAGCUUCGUUACCGGAGGGGCAGAGCCGUCGCAGAUAUGGUACUUGCUUGGACUGGAAUUCCUUAUCGGCGCAAAGGAUAAAACGAGGGUGUUUGAACGCUUUCCCAGGAAACCGCAGGGGUUCAUGCGCGACCAGAUCAUUAACCUUGUCAACCAGCAGCUUGCGCUGGGUCACGACCCAGGUACAAGGACGGGAGACGCAGGGGUCGGAGCGCAGGAACAGGAACCGCAUGCACGUAGGCGGCGGAAAGGAAAGGUGGUUACUGUCGAUGCGCCCCUUGUGCGGGCAUACAACUUCCUCCAAAUGUUCGCCCUGUCUUACCAACUUGAGAUCCUCUCCUACCAAGCAUCCCAACUUCUUUCCUCCCUUGGCUGGGCCUCCCAUCUUCGACUCGAACAUUCCCGUGACCGGCGCACUCUCACUGCCUCAUACUGGCAGCGUCCCCGCCCUCCUCCACCAGCAGGCAAUCCACCUUGGCCAGCAUCCCAGAGCAAGAUAUACGGUGGCACUGUCACAGUCUCCCUCGAGAGCCGGGCACAUCAAGGCCGAACAGCGUUAGGGAAGGUGCUCGCCGACCUAGAAGACCGCACCAAAUCCGGUCAUACUAGGUCAGACGUUACAGUCCGUACGAGGGAUACGGUCGAUGGCCUCCGCCUCCGGGUCAUCUGGACUCCCUCCCGCGCUUGGCUAGGCGUCGAGUUUGCACAAGACGAACUGCAGGGAGAGGAAUUUGAUGUCGAUCCGAGCGAUCUAGAUUUUGAGAGGUCGGUGAUGAGGAGAGUCGUGGGGCAGCAUGCGGGGGCAGUGGUGGGCCGAUGGGGUGCGGCAAUGCGACGCGGUCCUGCAGGGGUGGUUUGGCGGGAAGAGGAAAUGAAGAUUGCUGAGGCUGAAGGGGGUACGACAGAGCUACAUCUCCGCUUCCGCCCACAAGAGCUUACGGUCAUCUCCCUUGAUGGGAGGAGUGGCGCGUUCGUCGUCCGAGAGCAGGGGGUGCUGCCUAGCGUCUCGAGGAGCGAGAAGAUCGCCGCUCUUGUUAAGCAGAUCAAUGACAAGCCUGGGACGUUCGUCGAGGCUGUCUGUAUGACCCGGUUCCAGAUCUUGUUAGAAGACCUGGAGAACAACGCGACCGUUCUCCGGACACACGUUACCCGCACACGCCUCGUUCGCCCGCAGGAUAUGCCCGCCUUCGGGUCGUCCGCCCGUCUCUGCCUAUAUAUCUCCCUCGCCUCCUUCCCCUCACACUAUCUCGUCCUCGUCCUCGCCGACCAAGGCCUGCAGUAUGCCAUGCUCAAGGUCGCUCUGGUCAACGAGGAUGUCGCUCCUGAUUUCCGCAUUCUCGAGUGCGCAUGGCUCGACAUCCGCCGGAUAACAGGGCAGGACCCCGCUCGUGACCCGGGCUUGCGGUGGUCAAUCAGUCAAGAUGCGCUGUGCGAUCUCUACGCCUUCUGUCGCGCACGCGUCGCCCAUGCCGAGCUGGAGCAACAACUCAGAGACGUGAAGAUUGCCUCUUGGCCGACGUUCGACUCCCCAUCUGCGGGAGGAAGUAGGCUCGAGACCCUUCCCCUCGCUCCCCCAUUGCUGCAGAAAGAAGUCCCAACAAUCCGGAUCGAGUCCUCUGCUUUCCUUGGUGCGAUGUCCUCGGAUGCGAGCACGAUGUCCGCCGACGCGUGGUGCGCGUAUAUCGCCCUCCGUGCUAUAAACUGGACGCGCCUGUACGGCUCCGUUGGCGCGAUCGUCUCCGUUGCUCUGCGGAGUGAGUUUUUCGUUCCCCUAGCAGAUGAAAAGAGCACCACUGGAGAGUAUGCCGGCGUGAGGGUCAAGCUGGAUAGUAAAACGGGGGUUAUCAAUUUCCAUCUGGAGAAUGUGCACGGCGCGAUUCUCGCCUUCUUGAGAGCGUGGGAGGGUGUCAGCAAGGCGGUUAGCGUGGCCAGAGAGGUGCGGACUAUGUCACAGGAACCGCGCUACACCGGCGUGCAGCUUCUCUCAUUCACCCUCUCGUCAGUGUCUUUGUUGUACCAAAACUCCUUCGCGCUCACUAUAUCGUCACACGGCGCGACCUCGCUCGGGUUUUCCUACCAUGGCACACCCGGCCGGCGAAACCCGCACGAGGAAGGCGUAGAUCACUACUCACGUGUGUUCGAAGAGAGUGGGCCGCGCAAGCUUAUCGAGAUCCUGCGAGAUACACUUCCCCUGCUUCUGGAGUUUGAUCAGCUGGACGUUUCCGCCCAGAUGCGCUGGAGCCUGCGCGAAGCAGGCUGGGUGCGCGCAGUAUACGGCCAGGAACCGCAUGCGCUUGAUUACAGACUGCUACCCAACUCGCGCAUCCUUGUCGUUGACGGCGCUGUGCAUUUGUUCAACUCUGCUGGCAAGGUUUUGUUCACACAACAUCCGAUUGUCGAUCUUAUGCGCGAGUCUUCGGAGAAGUUCUCGGGUGUGUACAAGGUCAUCGAUGGUCUGCCGAAUCUGUUGUUGGAUGUGACGAGGAGCGUGGCCAAGGAGCGCGUUGGAAUUUCUGAAUCCGGUAAUCGCAAGAUGCCUGAUGUGAUACCCCUUGAUGCCGGUUUGAUAUGCCAUCAAGACGCUGUUCGUGAUGUGGUCAGGUUGAUGCACGAGGGGAUGCUCAAAUUGUUGGAUAAGGAAGACAAGGGCAAGGCGAAGGAGAAGUCAUAAUCGGACCAUUCUACUCCAUCUGGUUGUAUCGUCCUCUGGGAUAUAC